AAGGUCAGUUGGUUUCUGACCUCCUAGGUGUAACGCAUGGACAAAUUCAUUCUGUUGAUGAUGGGAUUAAGUCCAUCAGAAGUAGACUCUUGCACAAGAAGGUUCUCAUUGUUCUCGAUGAUAUUGAACCAAGCUCCGGACUUACACCGAUUUUAAGUAUUCUUGAUUCGUUAGGCUCUGGAAGUAGGAUCGUAAUUACCACCAGAGACGAACAGGCUUUAGAUAAGUUUGAAGUGUCCCUGAAAUAUGAAGUCGGGGGAAUGCUAGAAGAGGAAGUCGAUGAACUAUUCCGCACUCAUGCCUUCAGGGGGAGACCUGCUCCAUUUGACUUAGCUACUCUGUCCAAAAAUUUAGUAUCGACUAUUGGCCGGCUUCCUUUGACUGUUGAGGUUGUUGGGUCAUAUUUAUAUUCUAAAAGCAAGGAGGUGUGGGAGCAGACAUUAAAUGAAUUGAGAAAAGUACCUGAGCCACAAGUUCAACAGAAAUUGAUGGUAAUAAUCAAAGCAUUACCUGACAAGCAAAGACAGAUAUUUCUGGACAUUGCUUGUUUCUUCAUUGGAGAGGACAAAAGUGUUGCAUACUACCUGUGGUCUGACCGUGAUUCCACAAGCAGAUUGGUAUUAGAAGACCUCGUCAAUUCGUCUAUUGUUAAGAUUGAGAACGAUAAGUUAUGGAUGCAUGAUCAACUUCGAGACCUAGGUAGGGAUAUUGUCAUAGAGGAACAUCUUAAACUUGGAAAGCGCAGUAGAUUGUGGAGUCACGAGCAAGCCCAAGUUGUGUUGGUGAAUAAAAAAGCAACGGAAAGUGUUCAAGGAGUUCUUCUCAAAUUUGGUAGUGGGUCACAAUACAGUUUUGGACCAGCACAUUUCGCGAGGACGUCAAACAUAAGAUUCCUUCGAUUGGAUCAGGCGAACCUCGAAGGAAAUUUUGAGCGGCGUCUGUCAAGUUUAAGAUGGCUCCAUUGGCAAGGUUGUCCUCGGCAUCUUCUUGCUGAAAAAUUGGAUUUGACGGAGUUGGUUGUUCUAGAUCUUUCCUGGAGCAAGGUCAGUGACAAAUGGAACGGUUGGAAUGAAAUCAAGAAAGCCAAGAAAUUGAGAGUUUUGAACCUCACUGGCUGUUAUGAUAUGAUAAGAACUCCAGACUUAUCUCAUUACAAAUGUUUAGAGAGAUUGAAUCUUGAAAGGUGCAUUCGAUUGGUUGAAAUCGGUUCAUCAAUAAAAAGUCUGGAGAGCUUGGUUUUGCUGAACUUGAGGUUUUGCACUGAACUCAAUAAGUUGCCUGAAGAGCUGGGUUCCCUCAAAUCCUUGGAAGAGAUUCUUAUAGAUGGAACUGCUGUUCAAGAAAUUCCUACCUCCAUCAGUCCUAUGCAAAAUCUUAGAAGAUUCAGUGCCUGCAACUGUCUUUCAUUGAUCCGGCUGCCCAAUUCAAUUAGUCAUGUGAAAUCUCUUAGAGUCUUCACACUAAAUGGUACCAAAAUAACUAAACUUCCCCUGUCUGCAGAGUUAGAAAAGCUACAGCACUUGUCAAUAAAUCAUUGUAGGUCAAUAUUGAAGUUACCAACGUCCUUGGGGAGUUUAGCUUCAUUGAUCGAACUUGAUUUAUCAAGCACUGGAAUUGUCGAAUUACCUAAUACUGUCAAUAAGUUAUAUCUUUUAAGAGUGCUCAAAAUUGAUUUUACUUUUGUACGAGAGCUGCCUUGUGCUAUAUGGAAGUUGAAGAGCCUUGAAGAGCUGCAUGCUUCAAGAUGUCGGAGUUUAGCUGGGGAAAUUCCUAGAGAUAUUGAGGAGCUUUCGAGAUUGAGGGUCUUGAGGCUUGGAUACUCUCGGAUUCGUGGUCUACCAGAUAGCAUUUCUACACUUCCCAAUCUGCAAACGCUUGAUCUGCUUCAUUGUGACAAGCUCCAUAGAGUGCCCAAGCUUCCUUCCACUUUAAUAAGCCUAUCUGUCAGUUCUAAAUUGAUGUAUACAAUCCCAGACAUCAGUAGGCUGGUUAAGUUGGCAGAGUUAUUCUUGGCUGAUGGAUCCCAGGAACUGGUGUUACCUGACCAAAGUCAAAUUGAGGCAAAAGGACACACUUAUUUAAAGCUCGGGAGUUUGUCAGAGCUAAAGAUAUUGCAGCUAUCUAUGUUAAAGAUCCAACUACUACCUGUUGGGUUGGAUCGCCUUUCUAAGCUCACAAAGCUCUCCCUUUGCUGCAUUCACUUGAAAAAGCUACCGCAGCUUCCUCUGGGUUUAUUCACCCUCUCACUUCGCCAGUACAAAUCGCAGACGAGAUUGCCAGAUCUUUCGUAUUUGGAGCUCCUGUCAGAAUUUGAGCUUUUCGACUGUGCUGUAACAGAAGUUGCAGGCCUCAGGGAGUUCAAAUCCUUGCGAAUUUUCAGAAUAUCUCACUGCAACCUGCAACAGCUGGAUGAGCUGGAGAACUUGAUAUUUUUAGCAUCAUUGAAUGUUUCGUAUUGUCAAAGCCUUGAGAGACUUCCCAAUCUAUCAAAACUGAAGAAGCUGAAAGAUAUUAAAAUUAAGGGCUGUCCGAAGAUUCAGGAUAUUAAAAGCGUGGAACACCUGCAUUCCUUCAAGAAGCCAAGGGGUGCCAUAAUUGAGGCAGAAAGCUCAUCUGAGGUUUUGUCACAGGUGGAGUUUAGCAAACUAGCUAAUACCAGACAUUCUUCCAUUCAGGGUGUCAAAUGCAAGGAUAAAGAAGCAAAAUCUUCCGAUUCUGUCAAGUCAAUAACUGAAACUAUGGGCGCUUCUUCUAACUUGCAAAAUUCUCCCUCUGUUGCAGGUUCAUCCGCCACGUGGCAUAGAGUGAAGGCUGUUGCUUCCAAAUUCAGCUGUCAGAUGAUUUCCAGAACCAAGCCAACACACUCUUUUCCACAUUAAUCAAACUUAAGUGUUGAGCCAGAUAAGAGGGACAGAAACUACUGGCAUCUCGCUAUCAACAGAGUAAGAAGAUGUGCCACUUGACAGAGCAUCGACUAUCCCUUCUUUGGCAACGAUUGGUUCUGCUGUGCCUCCUCCUCCUGCUCAACCGUAGUCAUCAUCAGCAAUGGACAAAGAUAAAGCCCCUAUAAUUGUCGAGGCAGAUUUACGUGGUGGCGGAGAGGAAUCUCUUUUCUCAAAGAUCGAGUCUCUGUUGAGUGAUGACUCAGGAGAGCAAAAUACUGGGACAGAGAUGUCACAAGCAAGUCAUUUUGAUCUUCAAGCAUACCAGAAUGCAUCGCAAGAGUUGGAAAUUACAAUGAGUCAGGGACUCCAGGCAAUCGUGUUUAAUCCCAAGCUACUUGGUCAAUUGCAAGAAUUACUGAACUUCUUAGUCGAACAAAAUGCACCAGAGGUCUCUACUAUUGGAUAUCAAUGUGUCUAUCUCAAAUUGCAGAACUUUAUUCAGACUCAGGUGACUCCCUCUCUUCCCAAUAAAAGAUCCUCAUUGAAUGUGAGGGGUUAGAAUGGGAGCUCAAAAUGGAAAAGUUUCUUUUGGCGUCUGACAAGGAUGAAGUUCGUUUGAUCAAGAAACAAUGUGAAGAGAAAGCUAAGAGUGUGGCUGACAAUGAGCGAGUUAUAACCCAACUUCAAGCAGAGAUUGAGGCACGCAAGCAGACAGUUGAGAAUGCAAAGUCAGAAAUAUCAUAUCUGUCGGCAAUGAGAUUGGAGAAAGUUAAAGAACUGAAGAAUUAAAUACGAGCAGUUCCUCAGUAUGAAGAGAGAGAAUCCAAGCAUGGAAAAGAAGAGAAAUCAAGCUUUGGAAAUGAUUGACAAAAUCAAUGUAGAGUGGAAUGAAUUGUGUGCGGAUAUUAAAGGCCGAUUAGCCUCUAAAUAGGCUGGCACUUUUCACUUUCUUUUAUUUGAAUCUUCUUGUAUUUGAAAACUUUUCCAUUCUGGCAAAAAAAUACAGGUUUGGAGUUU